AUGGCAGACAGUUUUUCGCUUAAUGAUGCCGUGUCUGGGUCUGGAAACCCUAACCCUCAAGGAUGGCCUGCUGCAUGGGGGAACCAGCCUGCAGGGCCAGGAGGUUACCCAGGAGCUGCUUAUCCUGGGACCUACCCUGGGCAGGCACCUCCUGCAACUUAUCCUGGCCAGGCACCUCCUGGGGCUUAUCCUGGCGCACCUGGAGCUUAUCCUGGCCCAACCGCACCUGGAGCCUACCCAGGGCAACCAAGUGGACCUGGGACUUACCCACCUGGACAGCCAAGUGCUCCCGGGGCCUACCCUGCUGCCGGUCCCUUUGGUACCCCGGCAGGACCACUGACUGUACCUUAUGACCUGCCUUUCCCAGGAGGAGUCAUGCCUCGCAUGCUGAUAACAAUUCUGGGCACAGUAAAACCCAAUGCAAACAGAAUUGCUUUAGAUUUCAAGAGAGGGAAUGAUGUUGCCUUCCACUUUAACCCACGCUUCAAUGAGGACAACAAGAGAGUCAUUGUUUGCAAUACAAAGCAGGAUAACGUCUGGGGAAAGGAAGAAAGACAGAGUGUUUUCCCGUUUGAAAGCGGCAAACCAUUCAAAAUACAAGUACUGGCUGAGGCUGACCACUUCAAGGUUGCAGUCAAUGAUGCUCAUUUGCUGCAGUACAAUCACCGGAUGAAAAAUCUUAAUGAAAUCAAUAAACUGGGAAUUUCUGGUGAUAUAGACCUCACCAGUGCUACACAUGCUAUGAUAUAA